GUGUCAGUGACUAACAUACAAGCGCCACAGCUCAGCAGCCUCCUGCAUGUGGGUUGGGUGGUGUCCACCGUUAAACAGGAAAGAGAGGCAUUUUACAGAACUUAUUCAUGACCCCAACACCUAGUUAUUAAAACUGCCAAAUCAACCACGAUGGAUGACAUUGAUGCGAUGUUCAGUGACAUGAUGCAGGAGAUGGAUCUCCUAACGCAGAGUUUUGAAGCAGAAACAGAGUCUGCGCCUUUGCCCAAACCCCCCACCACUCCCCCCCAUCAAAAAAACUUUUCCAUUGGUUUUACAGAUCUGAAUGCAUCUCUGCAUGAUCUGGAAGACAAUGACUUGGACGCCUUGAUGGCUGAUCUGGUGGCAGAUAUCAGUGCCACGGAAGAAAAGUUUGCCACAGAAAGAGAUACGUUUAAGGGGUCAGCUCCAGUUGCCCAAAUACCCUCCCAGCCUCAGAGUAAUUUUAACCUGAUAGCAUCAACUGACACCUCUAGACCUGCAACUUCUUCCAACUCCAUUGCAGCUCCGCCCCCACCACCACCCUCCAAAUCCAUCAAAAAGGAACAGAUGAAAGCAGAUAAGAUCAAGCUUGCUUUGGAGAAGCUAAAGGAGGCCAAAGUGAAAAAGCUGGUCGUGAAAGUGGAGAUUACGGACGGCAGCUCAAAGACUCUGAUGGUGGAUGAGAGACAAACAGUCAGAGAUGUGAUGGACAACCUGUUUGAGAAGACACAUUGUGACUGCAAUGUGGAUUGGUCUGUGUGCGAGACCAAUCCUGACUUACAGACUGAACGAGCGUUUGAGGACCAUGAGAACCUUGUGGAGCCUCUUUCAACAUGGACAAGGGACACUGAAAACAAAGUGCUUUUUCAAGAGAAAAAAGACAAGUAUGAAGUGUUCAGAAACCCUCAGAAUUUUUAUAUGUGGAAAAAGGAUAAGAAAUCUCUAAAGGACAUGAAAGACAAAGACAAAGAACAGCUACUGGAGGAGAACUUCUGUGGAGCCUCCGUCAUUGUGCCUGACCUGGAGGGUAUUCUGUAUCUGAAGGAGGAUGGCAAGAAAUCGUGGAGACAGCGCUACUUCCUGCUGCGGGCCUCUGGAUUGUAUUACUCACCCAAAGGCAAGACAAAGGCUUCACGGGAUCUUGUGUGCUUGGUGCAGUUUGACAAUGUGAACGUCUACUACUGCAAAGAAUACAGAAUCAAAUACAAAGCACCAACAGACCACUGCUUCAUUCUUAAGCAUCCUCAGAUUCAGAAAGAAUCACAAUACAUCAAGUAUCUGUGUUGUGAUGAUGUGUGGUCCAUGACUCUUUGGGUGACUGGAAUACGUAUUGCAAAGUAUGGUAAGCAGUUAUAUGACAACUACAAGGCUGCUGUGAGGAAAGCUGCAGGCUCUGCAACAUGGGCUAACCGCACUAUCCAGACCUCCUCCAAUGCAUCGACACCCUCCCCUACACCUAAAGCCAAAGCUGCAAAUGGACAUGCUUCUCACCCUGCAGUGGAGACCAAGGGUCCUGGCAACCAAACAUCUUUCCCACCACCACCUCCACCUUCAAUGGAAAUCUUGCCUCCUCAACCACCUGACCCCAUGUUGCCUCCUCCUCUCCCUGCUCCUUCCAGCACAACCAAAGUUAACAAGUUUCCUCCUCCACCUCAAUUUCCACAAUCCUCCAUCCCACCUCCACCCACGGAUGACCUGCCUCCUCCACCACCUCCUCCAGAAGAUGCCGAGCAGCCCCCUGACUUCCUACCUCCACCACCAACUAGUAUGACGUCUUACGGGGGAGCAGCGCUCCCACCACCACCUCCAGAGCCCCUUGCGUCUCUUCCACCACCUCCUCCUGCUCCCCAAAACUUUGCAUCUGCAGGUGGAGCACCGCCUCCACCUCCACCCCCACCUCCACCCCCAGCUCCUGCACCGGCUGCCUACCAACCCACCAACUCCGUCAGAAAAGUGGCUCCUUCUCCCCCUCAGAGGACUACACCUCAACUAGCAGCGCCAUCAGGUGGCGACUUCAUGUCAGAACUGAUGACGGCAAUGCAGAAAAAGCGCAGUCAACCAUGAACUUGAAGACUGAGCUAAUUGACAAUUGUUUGAAAUGUUUUUAUUACACCACAAUACUAAAAUGUGUAAAAACUUUGUUCUUAUGCAACUACUUAGAUUAUAUACUGUAUGUAUUACAAAUAUGCUAUAUCAUUACUGCUAAUGAAAUGUCAGUAAAUAUGGUCUUGCAAAGUUAACUGUUAAAUAGAUUCUGGAAGGCCUUAUUGAGUUCUUAUUUAGAUGCAUGAUGCAAAUUUUCUUUUUCAUUAUUUUUAUUUAAUAUGCUUGUGUAGAACUGCAGAAUGUUUUGAUGCAAAUGAAUGUUCAAGUUAUGCUUACAUUGAAAAAACAGAUUAGGAAGAACAGCUGACCCUCAGCUGCUGAGCCCAGGAUGGAGGUUUACUGGAGUAUCCGGCUCUCUCAGCCUCCUCCUGCUCCACAAAUGGCUCUGUUAGAGUCUUCUGCAACAGCGCCACCUAGAAAUACAUCAUAAGAAAUUCUAUCACAUAUGAAAAAUAAUAGUCUGCCUGAAAAUAUUCGAUUUUAUGUAUAAUUGCCUGGCCUACAGUACAUUUCAAAGUAACAUAUUAAAGCAAAAUUUCAUC